AUGGUGAACUAUGAGGUAAGCCUAAAAACACUGAUCUGUGUUUUUAGAAGGGAGUGUCACCGGGUUCUAGACUCAGAGAGGACUACUAUACAUGGUGCAGAUAGUAUGUUGAUGGUCCUCCAGUUGGUGGCUGCUGAGGUCUGCAAACAGGAAAGUGGAGAGUUCAGUGUGGCUUUAAGCGAUGUACUGGUGGCUUGGAAAUGCUUGCUUUUGGACAAGCUUCACCUUUCCCAUGAAGGCUCCCCACUUGCAGAGAAUUAUGACCUUAUUCGAAAAGAGUAUGACAGCUUUUUGAAGCGCACCAACACAAUGGACCUGAUUGAUGUGUACAACAUGUAUAAGCAGUUGAGGUUGGAUGAGGAUCCUGAGAAUCCCUUAACUGCAAUGCAGCUGUUUGAGUUUUUGCUGGGCAACAUGGAAGUUUUAGAAGAAACUGGGUUGAUGUCUCAGUUUCCAGCCACGCCAUCAAACAAGGCCAGAUCCUGCAAUCCACAAUUACAGAGAGCAGUUCAAAGGAUUUUAUGCUCAUAUAUGAGCUUGCUUGUAAACACCAAGAACGACUUGGCGCUUGCACACACCCUUGAUACCCCUAGCCGAUCUCUGGGGCACACAGCCUUUACUGACAUCAAACAUGCAGCACGCAACAGUAGUACAUCUCUAUUUCUGGCAGCAACUUCAUUUGUGCGGGCAAUACAGCUGGGUGGCAAAGGGUAUGCACCUCCUGAAUCUGACCCCUUAAGGAAGCACAUAAAAGGCCUGUCCCAGUUCGUCCACUUUACAGACCAGUUAGAAGAGAUCUUGGGAGAAAUCUCUGACCCCAGUGCUGCUGGAGCCAGGAUGGUGUCCAGCAUUAGAGCAGCUCUCCUGAAGGGUCUUAGUAAUGCUGACCCAGUGUACACUCCUGUGGAAGAUGCUGUAAACGACCUCAAAGAAAGGAUACGUCAAAUACACACCCGUCAGAAGGAGUCUGCUCUUGGCACAGGAAUUAGUCCAGCACGGCCCAGAGCUUAUGCCAUUAAUCAUGCUACUGCGUAUGCGGGGAGAGAGACUAUAAAAGUGCUGAUCACUUUGCUGGAUGAAGAAGCAUUGGUGCAGCCUUGUAGAAAUAAAGCACAACUCCUCACCAACGAUCAGGCCUUUAUGAAUGGAACUGAGGGGCUAUGUCUGCUCACUCUUUACAAAUCUCCAGAAGCUCCCACAGGAAUCUCUCCAAAGCCCUUGCGAAAUCGUGUUCAGAAUCAACAAGAGCAGCCUGAUUGUAAGGAAAAGAAGAAAGUCAUCCGCUCCCAGUUUGCCUGCACGUAUGCGGAUGAUGGCCUGCCUUUAAAUCGUGUGCUGAACUUUCCAAGCACAAGUCAGCUCCCCACCUGUGUUCAUCCUGCUCCUAAAUGUAUCCACGGUCCUACUGACAUUCUCCAUGAGGAAGAAUCUGAACAAGCAGAAAAACAGCAUGAAAACCAAGUGGAAUUGGAACACGAUGUUGCAGGUUUGGCUCGUAGUGACUCGGGACACAAAACGGCUCUGGAACAAAGGUGCAUCAACAGCUAUCCUAAAACAGGUGCUUCAGGAAAGGCCACCAGUGGUACCAAAACUUCUAAGAGAAAGCUAUCAAACAGAGAGUGUGUGGAUGAGAAACAGCCACCCCAGAAGAGACCUCCCUCUAAAGCAUGUAACCCAGGACGAGGGAAGAAGAGCAGCAACGAAAAAUCAAAAAUCAAAAAUCUUAUUGUGGGGCAAAGCAAGCUCACCAACUUUUUUCGUCUAUAAUGUGCAGAUUGGGUUUUAUGUUCAUUGCCUUGUUCUGUAGUCAUGAUCUUUAUCUCGUUAGUGUGAUGGUCUCCAAGUUCUUCUUAAACCCAGAAAAUGUUAUUAUUCUUUAAAGCUGCUGGAUGGUAGAUUUGAGGUCUAUGCACCCCAACAUUUCUGAACAUGAACUGUGAUGUUCCCCUUUUACAAUCAAGAAUGUAUCUUCAUGCUCCAAUAUUUAUACUACUUCAGACUACACCAAGCCUGAAAAUUAUGAAUGACUCCUAAUGAUUGUUAACUAAACCUUGAUAGUAAAGGGUUGACCAGUCCUGGCUAAAGCGGUAUCUGAAUUUGUAAGACCUCUGAAACAGUCAUUAGAAUACAGCAGUUGUAUUUAUAAUCAUGUUUUAACUCAGUAAUGGUAUUUUCCCCUGAUUUUCAAAUUUAUCUUUAGUUAACUCCUCAUCUUGAUCAGGGUUACUGUUGCUUUGAAGCAACAGUACACAAUGGAUGUAAGGAAGAAAUGCACAAUUUGUCAAGGAACAUUAUGCUAAUUUGAGGCUUUUAACUGCUUGUUCAUGAGCUUGUGUUCAAGCCAGUGUACUCAUCUGAUGCAUUCUGUUUUCUUUUUAACUAAUGAGUUUUUUUUAUGUAAUUUUCAUAGUAGGUAAGA